UGCUUGCGUCUCACGUUCAAGAGAGGCCGAAGGUGAAACUGUGUGAAAUGGCCUUUUGAAACUGAGAUCAAAGUAGCCGUUUGUUUUUAAUUAUUCAGAAUAUUUAUUAUUUAUUGAUUGCUCUUGAAUUUUUUGUUUGCGGGAGGGGAGCUGAUAGGAGUACAUGCUCGCAGCUAGACAUUUUGCUGCAUUUUAUUGUGGAGCAAUAAACAAAACAACUAUUCCAAGGUGAAACAGUUUGCAGUGAAGACAGACUUAUCAGACUUUGUCUUAUGGCCCUGGAGAACUUCAGUAGCUUCCUGACACAGAGAGGGUCUUGAAACCUGUCUGCAGUCGAGAGAUGUCUGGGGAAGAGAAAUGCAGCGUUGAAGGACUGAAGUAGUCAGGAAGCAUCUAGUUGGAAAGAUCUAAUUACAGGAAAUCCAUGGUUAUCUUCAAAUUUCAUAAAAUGGAUCUAUAUCAACAAGAGGCUCUCAAUGCCGUUCCGAAUUCUGUCUACCGAAUAGCCCUGAAGCUCUGUGCUGUGCAAAGUCUAUGCCAAUUGGAUUUGGCUGAUGCUUCCCUGAUCCAAGACAUCCUGCCUAAUCACCAGUGCCGGGCUGAGAAGCAAAGCUCCUUGCCAGUGCAGCAACUCUUGCAGCUGCUAAAGGAGCUUUUCAAGAGAGUCCGGUUAGAGAAGCCUGGCCCGGUAGAGCCCAAGGCCCCUGAACGAACGCUGAACCUCCUAACUGCUGCAUAUGACAGACAUGGAGAGGGGUUUAUCCAGCCCCAGUCAGCUGCAGCUGCUCUAAUUGCCCUCUCAGGAGACAGCCUGCUUACGAAAUACAGAGUUCUCUUUCAGCUUUAUGCGACCUGUGGCAGGAAGCAUUCCAGCCAGGGCAUUCACAUUACUCGAAAUGGUGUGAGGCACCUACUCACCGACUUACUCCAGAUCCUGACAGUUGUGGGAGAGAGCUGUAAUCUGUCUUCUGUGGAAACUGAAAUACGCAGUUGUUUCAGUGGAGUUCUGAAAUCAGCCAUUGGUGAAGAGAGAUUCUUGGCUUGGCUCCAGUCUGAGCCUGCCCUUCUCCUCUGGCUCCCUACCUGGAACAGGUUGUCGGCGACCAAAAUGGUCACACACCAAGUCACCUGUGGCGUCUGUAAGAGCUUCCCUAUUACUGGACUAAGGUAUCAUUGUUUGAAGUGCCUGAGCUUUGACCUUUGCCAGGUCUGUUUCUUCACUGGACAAUACAGCAAACCCCACAAGAAGUCUCACCCUGUGGUGGAGCACUGUGUGCCGGUUUCAGCGAAGGAGAGCACCAGGCUGUUUCUCCGCACCAUCCGAAACAACCUGCUGCGAGGGCGCUGCAAACGGAAGGAAGCUCGGCGAAGAAGGACCUUGGCAAUGAUGGGAGAAGAAGACGUCUCUACCCACCACCAAGCACCUUCCUGUUCCAUUCAGCCUGUCUCUUCAAAACAGCCUGUGCCACCUAAUUGGUUCCCCUCGGCGGAGUUGCAGCCAAGAAGCCCUUUACAUUAUGAACUAUCCCCAGCACAGCAGGCGAAAAACAAAAACAGAAUACUAAAUCAAGAAAGAACAGCCAGUCAGGUACUCGCUCCUUUUAAAAUAGACUUGGUUAACACACAGGAAUCUGUCAAGGCUAUUCACAGUGAAACGAGGUACUUGAGGAAGCAGCUUACCAAAUGGAAGGACCAAGUACAGCUCCUUCAUUCCACUCAAGAAGACCGAAACUGCAUACUAGAAGCCAAGCUCCACAGCCUUCAAGCAAGCCAGGAAAGCCUCAAGCUGGAGCUGCAGAAAAUGAGGCAGGAAGUGAAGAAUAUCACUAUAUGCAACAAGGAGCCUUUGAAGGAAAGAAAUAUCCAGAAUGGAUCUGGUUGCCCUCUGUUAAAGCCCUCCAACAUCAGGUACUCCAAAUACAAAUCUCUGGAUCUCCCCUCCACUUGUACUGCCAGGAAGUGGCUUUUAGAGCCACAGGCUGGUCUUCUCGCCAGAAAUUCAGGAUCACCAGAGUUCUGGUCAAAAUUCUUUCAAAAUGCUGACCCUGAAGUGGCUCAUCAUGAAACUCCCCAAGUGAGAAGUAUUCAUCUAACAAAGGACUCUGGAGCUUUAAUGCCUGAAACAAAGAGCGACCAAUUCAGCAGGGUUAAGACCACAAGUCCUAAUUGUUUUGCUACAACCAAGGCAUGUUUGGGUCAGAAAGAGAUGGAGGAGGAAGAACUGCGGCAGUUAAUGAUGAAGUUGAAGGAUGCUCUGUCUCUCAACGUGCAACCAGGUCAGCACUCUGUUCUCAAGAAGGAAUUGCUCUCCGCAGCUGAACAUGUCUCCAAGUAUUUCUCUGAUCUCAUUGGCCAAGUAACCUUGCCAAUUAGUUUAUGUCAGGAUGCUUGCUUUGGUGCUUCCCUGCCUGAUCGUCCAAGGAGAAGCUUCAGCACUGAUGGCUACCCACUGCCAUGAAAAGGCUUGGCCUUGGAGAAAGCAUUGCUGGAAGCAGUGGAAAAUGAUAAAACAGCACUGUCUGCAUACGCUGGAAGACUGUUUGCAGGAGUUAUCUUAGAAUCGAAAUCUGUGUUUGGCACCUAGAUGGGUUUUUUUAAACAUCUUAAUUGGAUCAAAAGGCUAAAUCACUUGAUUCAUAUCAGAAAGAGCUGCAGAUUACUUCUGACUUGACAGGCUGUUCAUUCAGGAGGCUUUAAGCAGCAGUUAAAUCUCUUAAUGAAAUGCCCUCAGCCUCAGAAUCUCCACCUAACUGUGGAUCAGUCCCAACAUUCACUUCCCUAGGACUCCUGCUUGUGCAGACCCCGGGAUUCAGCUGCACAGCCUUUACGGCGAACUCAGAAGUAUAAGGACAGAGACAGCAACAACAAAGACUCUUGUGACACCUUAAAGGUAAAGUGUGCCGUCAAGUCGAUUUCGACUCCUGGAGCCCAACUUGCCCUGUGGUUUUCUUUCGUAGAAUACAGGAGGGGUUGACCAUUGCCUCCUCCCAGGCAGUAUGAGAUUAUGCCUUUUAGCAUCUUCCUAUAUCGCUGCUGCCCGAUCUAGUACCAGUGGGGAUUUGAACUGGCAACCUUCUGCUUGUUAAUCAAGCAUUUCCUUGCUGCGCCACUUAAGGUGACUUGUGACACCUUAUAAAUGAACAAAUAGCUUGUGGCAUGUUUUAUGGGCUAGUGUCCACUGCAUAGCUGUGAAUAAUUAUGGUCUCUUGUUCCACAAGCACGCUAUUAGACUGGCAAGUGAUGCUUCGUUAUGUUAUAUGUGAGUCAAUACAUUUGGUGUAAAACCACAAGAUGUGACAGAAAGUACACAGCAUUUUUUAAUUAAUCACAUACACAAUUCUAGCAAAGGCUACAGUUAGACAUAGCAGAACCAGACGGCAACUAUAAGAUGGAUGCCAUUGGACUUAUAGUUGCUACAGUCAAUGGUCUCGCUAAGAAGAGGAGCCCCCCCCCCAGCCCUAUGCAUGCUAUGUUACAAGUAAAUAUUUUGGACCUUUAUGAGAUUGACAUGCACAUCAUGUGUGUUCAGCACAAGGGACUACUAGCAUUAUUAUAAUUGUAACAGGUGGCACCUUAAGACGAGAAGCAACAGAUUAUCCUCUUUUACAGAGCUAUAUUAGUGAACCUAUCUUCUCCACCCCCACCCAUUUCAUGGAUGUUAUGCAUGCAGAAACAAUAAGCUGACCAGUUGUUUGCCUUGCAGACCAUGAAGUUUAUUAAAGAAACAGUCUUCCUGGUUUUCAGAACACAAAACAAACAAAAUCCACUCAUUAUUGGCCACUGACUUCCCCCCAACUCUCAGUUCAACAUAACAAAAGCUACAAUCCCACAAGAGUUAGUCAUAGCCAAGUACCAUUAAAAAUGGAAUGGAGAUUAGUUGCACAUCACUUUACAGUGGGAGCUCAGUAAAUGUUAUAGUGGGAGCUCAUAGUGUACAGGCAUUCUUUUUCCCCACGAGGAACGACUUUAAAUGCAAUGAAAGGCGAAGAUCAAUAGGGAAUAUAGCAUUCAUCUUACAAAAGAAAUCAGCUGACCACGCUAAACUUGUUCCUUCUUUGUUCUUCUGAGUAAAGGAACUUUACCAGUAAUUCUUCUGAGCAAAGGAAACUCACUCUGGUGAACAUGGAUGCUUAUUAAGUCUUCCUUGAGUUCUUUGUUCUUCCUAAUUGGAGUCACCUGGAUUUGUGAAAAAAUCCCUAGACAUUGGGGGGGAAAGCAUCAUGAAAACAUGUUCCUGGUACAUUACCCUGUGAUUUUUAAAUAUGCUUAUCUGAUGUGAAUAUUCUUCCAAUGGCUCUAGAUAUGUGUGGUAGGAACUUGGUAUGCCUGGAACUCCUUUUUCCUUGCAGGCAAACCCACACUGUAUGUAAGGGCUUCCCAUCCAGCAUGUGCCGCAUGUGCAAGGUCACACUGUUGUGCUGUGCUUUAGUUUGUUCAUUCUGAACAGUGUUCACCUUGACAUUCGCAAUCAUUCAUUUGCAUUCAUUUCCACUUGAUGCAUAAACAUUGACUGAAAGAUGGUGGCGGGAAUACACACUGGCAAAAGAAUGGAGUGAAAUACACACUUUCUAAGUGGAAAUACAAGUUCAUAAGCAGAUGUUAGCUGUCGAUAUUAGCUAAUCCAUGUUAAGUGAUUUGGAGUGUGUACUCUAAAAACAUGGGAUGAAAGCUCUAUUCCAUACCACAACCUCCCUUGAGCAUUGUAGUAUUGUGACUGUUCAAAGUAGCACCAAAGCAACAUUAAUUAAUCAAUUCAUUGAGUAAAGGAAGAACCAAAGCAGUGGAUAAAAUUUAAGUAAACAUGUCAUGAGAUUAAGGAAAAGCCAAAAAGAAAACAAGAGGACUCUAUUGGAAGUUGCUUUUUGAUUGGCACUGACAUACCUAUAAUCCUGUGUGUUUCCCUGGAUAUCCUUCCUUGUGUCUCUCUUUCCCACCUAUCAAAAUGAACAGAGUUAAAUUUUGCUGCUUUUAUUUCACACAAGUGAAACCAUUGUGCCACUCAGAUGAAAUAAAGAGAUUGACACUGCAAUUUAUUAUGCUUAAGUAUCAGCUGUUGACUUCCUAUUCAGAAGGCACGAUGAGAUUUUGGGGUGAUUUAUAAUGGUUGCAUGUGGAACUAUACUGACACUACCGUGCCAGUCUAUGUAAACAAUUGAUUUUUCUGUUUGCCUCCAUCAAACAUGGAAAAAGAACUUUCAGGGUAGAUUAGCUCAGGCUGGCUUUGUAG